AUGUGUGUGAAUGAUUUUAUUCUUGAUAAUAGGGAGGGAUAUAAAAAACCAAUGGUUGAAGCUUUCUUCAAUGCGCCUGAUCAGGAGUGUAUUUUUUCAAUACCAAUAAGUAAGAUAAAUAAGAAUGAUAGUUGGUUUUGGCAUUACACAAGAGAUGGAGUUUAUUCAGUCAAAAGUGGAUACAAUUUGGCCAUAAGUGAGAUUACUGCUGAUCCCAGGCCCUCUAGUGCUGUCUUUUCUGAAUGGUGGAAGAAAUAUUGGAAGUUACAUUUACCCGCUAAAGUGCUACAUUUUGCUUGGAAAGGAUUUCAUGAAGCUUUACCCACUUUGGCAGGUCUGUAUAAAAGGAAUGUUAGUUCUUGUUCAAAUUGCCCUUUAUGUGGCUACUCAGAUGACACAAAUGGACAUGCAAUUUUUUGGUGUGAGGGAAUACGAAAGGUGUGGCAAUCCUUGGAUUUCGAUAUUUUACAAAAUGUAAUAUUCAAUGUGUCAUUCCAAAUGGUAAUUUUAAAGGCAUAUGAGCUACUAUCUAAAUCAGAGUUCGAGCUAUUCCUAUUCACAUCCUGGUCUAUUUGGAAGGAACGAAACAAUGUCACUCAUGGUGGGACUUCAAAACCAUUAUCCCAAAUUGUUUCCAACAUUAAGAGGUUAUUUGAGGAACAUAUAAAGGCAUGGAACCAGAGAAGUUUUACUAAUUGUUCUCCGUGCAAUUCAGCAAGUAAUUGGAGCAACCCUCCAUAUGGGCAGCUUAAAUUAAAUGUGGAUGCGACUAUUGAUGAAAGCUCAAGAACCAUUGGGAUUGGAGCCAUACUAAGGAAUUCAAAUGAAGAUAUUGUAGCAUGCUUCUCAAAGCCUAUGUUUGGUAAGAAUUCUUAA